UAAAAAAAAUCGGAAUUUAUUGGUGAGAAAAAUUAUGCAGAGUAACAUUUGUAUGAAAUACCAAAUAAAGAUUCAAUUUUGCUUUCAGUUCAAUAAAACUAAUCAUGUUACUUUUGGUGAUUUAAAUUUGCAGCUUCUUCCGUGUAGCUUUUAAGUUGAAGCCUCUUUACACGUCCAGGAAAAACACAAUUUUCACUUCCGGGUCAGAAUCCAUUCCUCUGUUGCUGUCGUUAUUUACCUGCUCUUCUAGUCCGUGUAAGAUAUUGGCCAAAGUUUUGGAUUCCGCAACGUCGACGCCGCAGCGUUUUAGCUGCCGAAUAUCCGGCCAUGUCGCUUAAGUGGACUAUCGGCCCAGGCCGCGGGGGGACAGGAACGCGGUGGCGGCGCUUGCUGCCACUGCUGGCGGCGAGCCUGUGUCUGUACGUGUGCGUGUGCCGAGCAUCCUCGUCACCUCAGGAGCAUCAGCAACUACAACAGCAACAGCAGGAGGAGGAGGACAGUGCCAUGGAGAAUAUCGUCACGGAGAAAAAGGCCGAGGAGAGCCAUCGGCAGGACAGCGCCGACCUGCUCAUCUUUAUCCUGCUCCUCACCCUCACCAUUCUGACCAUUUGGCUGUUUAAACACCGCCGAUUCCGCUUCUUGCACGAAACUGGAUUGGCGAUGAUUUAUGGUUUACUGGUGGGGGUGGUGCUGCGCUACGGCAUCCACGUCUCGCACGACGUCAGCAACGUGACAUUGAGCUGCCACGUCAAUGCUAGCCCCGCCACGCUGCUCGUCCACUCCAAGGGAAAGUUCUACGAGUACACGCUGAAGGGUGAGAUCAGCGCCAGCGAGGUGGACGACGUGCAGGACAACGAGAUGCUGCGCAAGGUGACGUUUGACCCUGAAGUCUUCUUUAACAUCCUCCUGCCGCCCAUUAUCUUCCACGCCGGUUACAGCCUGAAGCGGAGACACUUUUUCCGGAAUAUGGGCUCCAUCCUGGCCUACGCCUUUAUGGGGACAGUUGUUUCCUGUUUCGUCAUCGGGUUGUUGAUGUAUGGCUGUGUGAUGCUAAUGACGCAUAUGGGACAACUCGGUGGCGAAUUCUUCUUCACGGACUGUCUGUUCUUCGGCGCCAUCGUGUCCGCCACCGACCCCGUGACCGUUCUGGCCAUCUUCAACGAGCUUCAGGUGGACGUCGACUUGUACGCGCUGCUGUUCGGCGAGAGCGUGCUCAAUGACGCCGUGGCCAUCGUCCUCUCCUCGUCCAUUGUGGCUUACCAGCCGCAGGGUGACAACAGCCACACGUUCGAGGUCGUGGCCAUGUUCAAGUCCUUCGGCAUGUUCCUCGGCAUCUUCAGCGGCUCCUUCGCUCUCGGCGUGGCCACCGGCGUCGUCACGGCGCUCGUGACCAAGUUCACAAAGUUGAGAGAUUUCCAGCUGCUGGAGACGGCCUUGUUCUUCCUCAUGUCGUGGAGCACCUUCUUAUUGGCUGAGGCGUGUGGCUUCACAGGUGUGGUGGCGGUAUUGUUCUGUGGAAUUACUCAGGCGCACUAUACCUUCAACAACCUGUCUCCCGAGUCCCAGGAGCGGACCAAACAACUGUUUGAGUUGUUGAACUUCCUGGCGGAGAACUUCAUCUUUUCCUACAUGGGUCUGGCCCUCUUCACCUUCCAGAACCAUGUCUUUAACCCCAUGUUCAUCGUUGGCGCUUUCGUGGCAGUGUUCCUGGGCAGAGCGGCCAACAUCUACCCGCUCUCCUUCCUCCUCAAUCUGGGCCGACGCAACAAGAUCCGAUCCAAUUUCCAGCACAUGAUGAUGUUCGCAGGGUUGCGGGGCGCCAUGACGUUUGCCUUGUCCAUCCGGGACACGGCCACCUACGCGCGGCAGAUGAUGUUCUCAACCACGCUGCUCGUGGUCUUCUUCACCGUGUGGUUCUGCGGCGGCGGCACAACGCAGAUGUUGUCGUGCCAGCGCAUACGGGUUGGAGUGGACUCUGACCAAGACAACUCUACGAGCAUCAGCGACGGUUCCGAGCGAAGAAGCACUAAACAGGAAAGUGCCUGGCUUUUCCGAAUUUGGUACAACUUUGAUCACAACUACCUGAAGCCCAUCCUGACCCACAGCGGUCCCCCGCUCACAGCCACGCUACCAGCUUGCUGCGGGCCCCUGGCUCACUUCCUCACCAGCCCGCAGGCCAUCGAGAACGAGUGUCAGAUUAAGGACGACGACUCCGACCUUAUCCUGACCGACGGCGACGUCAACCUAAACUACGGCGACAUCACCGUCAGCACCGACGGCGCCGCCACCGACGACCCUGACAGGGAGCUGGCGUACGGUGACCACGAACUGGUGAUGCGGGGCACGCGCCUGGUGCUGCCCAUGGAUGACUCUGAGCCGCCCUUCACAGAGCCCCGCUGCCGCUUGUGAGGGCGCCGCGACCCCCUUCCUUCUUGCUUCUCCCGCUACCUCGUCACGUCGCCCGACUCGUCCAACAUCACUGUAAUGUAUUUAUUUGUCCAUUUCAGUUGGCGUAUCGUAGCGACACGCAGCAUGUGUACUCUUUGGCGAGCCGUUUGAGCAUUUCUUUCAUAUCUUACUAGUGCAUGUACUCAUCUAGUCCAUGUACGAGUACGCUCUUGUCAGUCAGACUUGUCUUUCUGAUAAUUGAUGAGUUUUUUUUUUCCAUGACAGUGAACCACAGCUUCGUCACUACUUUUGCACUCAGGCCAGAACCAUGUCUAAAUAUUGAUUUGGCACCAUCUACUGCACAAUCUAUGAUAUUUCUCUGCACUAAUAGCAAAUGUUGGAUGCUCAUAAUUCAGAAGUGAAAAUGUCAGAAAUAUGACCAACUUUCUGAAUCUAUAUAAAAGCCUAUUGCUUAUUCGACCACGGCACAACUACCAAUCGGCUUCAGUUCAAACUAUAGAAAAUGAAUUUAAAAUGUCAUACAAAUGUGAAGAGAAGUUAUUUGCAACAAUUAACUAUUCACCCCUUUCAUGAGACCUGACGGAAACAUGAUGGAGAUGAGCGGGCACAGUGAUACAGUCGCCUAGUGGCCUUUUAGGGGUACUGCAGGAUUUAAAAAGUGGUCAAAUUAAAUCAAUGGUCUCCCAGGACAUCACACGUGAUAAUAGUGUUCUAAAAAAUGUUACUCGUGAGGUAAACUGUGCACUUGUGGUAAUCAUGUAGAAUUCUAGCUAUCAUACAGGGAUGGCAAUGGCGAGUGAUGAAAAAAAACGGAAAGGGGUGUGGCCUGAACGGGGCGACCAAUCACAACAAGUAAGACAUCAUACACGUCCAAUCACAGGCUGUUUACAAUCGGAAGAUGGAAAGACUGAUCGGGAGAGCUCGUGGAAACUCAACGAUAAGGUACCUGACACCCCCCCCCCCCCUAAAAUUUUCUCAACGCAUUUAGACGAUUCACAAAAAUGAUCAAUUUAA